AUGCAGGUCUCCAGCCUCAACGAGGUGAAGAUUUACAGUCUCAGCUGUGGCAAGUCUCUUCCUGAGUGGCUUUCUGACCGGAAGAAGAGAGCACUACAGAAGAAAGAUGUUGAUGUUCGUAGGAGAAUUGAACUAAUUCAGGAUUUUGAAAUGCCAACUGUUUGUACUACUAUUAAGGUGUCAAAAGAUGGACAGUAUAUUUUAGCAACUGGAACAUACAAACCUCGGGUUCGAUGUUACGACACCUAUCAGUUGUCCUUGAAGUUUGAAAGGUGUUUAGAUUCUGAAGUUGUCACCUUUGACAUUUUAUCUGAUGACUAUUCUAAGAUUGUCUUCUUACAUAAUGACAGAUACAUUGAAUUUCACUCACAACAAGGUUUUUACUACAAAACCAGAAUACCAAAGUUUGGGAGAGAUUUCUCUUACCACUAUCCAUCCUGUGACUUAUACUUUGUUGGUGCAAGCUCAGAAGUUUAUAGAUUAAAUCUAGAACAAGGAAGAUACCUGAAUCCUCUACAGACUGAUGCUGCGGAGAAUAAUGUUUGUGACAUCAAUUCCGAGCAUGGCUUGUUUGCCACUGGAACAGUGGAGGGUCGAGUAGAGUGCUGGGACCCACGAACUCGAAAUAGAGUUGGUCUCUUAGACUGUGCACUAAGUAGUGUCACAGCAGAUUCAGAGAUAAACAGUAUACCAACAAUCUCAGCUUUGAAAUUCAAUGGUGCCUUGACCAUGGCAGUUGGAACAUCCACGGGACAGGUUUUAUUAUAUGAUCUUCGAUCUGAUAAGCCAUUGCUGGUUAAGGAUCACCAAUAUGGUCUGCCUAUUAAGUCAGUUCAUUUCCAGGAGUCAUUAGAUUUAAUUUUGUCUGCAGACUCUCGAAUUAUCAAAAUGUGGAACAAGAACUCAGGAAAAAUAUUUACUUCCUUGGAGCCAGAACAUGACAUUAAUGAUGUCUGCCUCUAUCCCAACUCAGGAAUGCUUCUUACUGCUAAUGAAACCCCCAAGAUGGGCAUUUAUUAUAUUCCGGUUUUGGGCCCUGCUCCCAGGUGGUGUUCCUUCUUAGACAAUUUGACAGAAGAAUUAGAAGAGAAUCCGGAAAGCACAGUUUAUGAUGAUUAUAAAUUUGUCACCAGGAAAGACCUUGAAAAUUUAGGGCUCACACAUCUCAUCGGAUCACCGUUUCUUCGGGCAUAUAUGCAUGGGUUUUUUAUGGAUAUAAGACUCUAUCACAAGGUGAAACUGAUGGUAAAUCCAUUUGCUUAUGAAGAAUAUAGGAAAGAUAAAAUUCGACAGAAGAUAGAAGAAACACGUGCACAGAGAGUUCAGUUAAAGAAAUUGCCAAAAGUUAACAAAGAGCUGGCACUUAAAUUAAUUGAGGAAGAAGAGGAGAAGCAGAAAUCUAUGUGGAAAAAGAAAGUUAAGAACCUUCCUAAUAUUCUCACUGAUGACCGAUUUAAAGUUAUGUUUGAGAACCCCGAUUUCCAAGUAGACGAAGAGAGUGAAGAAUUUAGGCUUUUGAAUCCACUUGUUUCAAAGAUUAGUGAAAAACGGAAGAAGAAACUAAGACUGUUAGAGCAACAAGAACGCCAUGAACAGGAAGAUGAGGAAGAACCAGAAGGAAAACCAAGUGAUGCAGAAAGUUCUGAGAGUUCAGAUGAUGAAAAGGACUGGGUUGAAGAGGUCAGGAAGCAGCGCAGACUUCUCCACCAAGAGGAAAAAAGGAAGCGACAGGAACAAGUCAAGGAGGACCAGCAGACAGUUCUGAAGCCCCAGUUUUAUGAGAUCAAAGCAGGAGAAGAAUUCAGAAGCUUCAAAGAUUCUGCUACAAAACAGAAACUGAUGAACAAAACCCUUGAAGAUCGUUUGAAACUUGAAGCAAGAAAUGGGACAUUGAAUGUAUCGGAUACCACUGUUGGCAGCAAACAAUUGACAUUCACGUUAAAAAGGUCUGAACAGCAGAAGAAGCAACAGGAGGCUGAGAAACUGCAUCGACAAGAGAGGAAGAAGCUUCGCCGUUCAGCUGGUCACCUCAAGUCGAAGCACAAGCGAGGACGGCCAUUUCAUUGAGUUUGGAA